CGCCUGUCCCCAGCGUGGAGGCGGGCCAGUGGAGGAGUGGGUGAGUGAAGCAGGACAGUGUGGGGCUCCGGCUCCCCUGCCUCUCCCUGCCAUGGGCCCCCCUCCAGGUGAGGGCCCCCCAUGGAGGCUGUGGAGGGGCGGAGCUCAGGGCAUGCCCUCCUCCCCACACGGGCCUGUGUGGAGUUCAAGUUCAAUGGUUCAGCGCUAGGCCUAGCUGCUCCUCUGCCUGGGGAGAUCAUUCUCUUCCUCUGGUCCCUGCUGCGGUGAGGCUGGAAUUUGGAGUUUGACCCACAAGGAGGCUCUCAGCUGUAGGCGGUGCAGGAGAGGGUGGCCCUGUCCUCUCAAGCUCUGGCUGUGAGGGGAGAGGGAGCCCAGGCAUCCCCCCUUCUCGCAGCCCCCUCCUGCCUCCGAAGCCACGGACCGGCCCCGGGCAGGCAAGCCCUGCAUCUGGAGGAAGGAGUGAACGUUUGCUCAGGACCAUGGAGAGCAGCUCCAGCAGCCCUCAGCCCACCCAGUCAGAUCCCCUGGAGGCUUUUCCCCAGAGGAACCUGGAGCCAGGUGACAUCGCCGUGCUGGUUCUGUACUUCCUCUUUGUCCUGGCUGUGGGACUAUGGUCCACAGUAAAGACCAAGAGAGACACAGUAAAAGGCUACUUCCUAGCUGGAGGGGACAUGGUGUGGUGGCCAGUGGGCGCAUCCUUGUUUGCCAGCAACGUGGGAAGUGGACAUUUUGUUGGCCUGGCAGGGUCAGGAGCUGCUGCAGGCCUUUCUGUCACUGCUUAUGAAUUAAAUGGCCUGUUCUCUGUGUUGAUGUUGGCCUGGAUCUUCCUCCCCAUCUACAUAGCUGGGCAGGUCACCACGAUGCCAGAAUACCUAAGGAAACGCUUUGGCGGCAACAGGAUCUCCGUCAUCCUGGCUGUGCUCUACCUGUUCAUUUACAUCUUCACCAAGAUCUCGGUGGACAUGUAUGCAGGCGCCAUCUUUAUUCAGCAGUCUCUGCACCUCGAUCUCUACCUGGCCAUAGUUGGGCUGUUGGCCAUCACGGCUCUGUACACUGUUGCAGGUGGCCUGGCCGCUGUGAUCUACACAGAUGCCCUGCAGACCCUGAUCAUGCUUAUAGGAGCGCUCAUCCUGAUGGGCUACAGUUUUGCUGCAGUUGGUGGGAUGGAAGGCCUGAAGGAGAAGUACUUCUUGGCCGUGGCGAGCAACCGGAGUGAGAACAAUAGCUGCGGGCUGCCCCGAGAAGAUGCCUUCCAUAUUUUCCGAGACCCCCUGACAUCUGAUCUCCCGUGGCCCGGGAUCCUACUUGGAAUGUCCAUUCCAUCCCUCUGGUACUGGUGCACGGAUCAGGUACAGGGCACCUGA